AUGCGUUCCUCAGCAUCUACCCUGCUUCUAGCAGCUGCAGCGCCCGUCUUCGUUGCCGCCGUAUGCCCCGAUCCAGUACCUCAGAUUUCCUCUCUUUCGUGGUCAGGCUCUGGUUGCCCCAGCACCUCUGCCUCAUCAGUGAAGAACUAUGGACCGAUGGAAUUUGGCGAAGUCAAGACCUUCACCUUCAACCAACUCGAUUCCGACAACACCGAGAACUGCGAAAUCCACCUUCAAGCCGCUCAAGCUCCAUCAGGAUGGCAGGUUGCUGUCAGAGAUGUAGCAUAUUCGGGCGACGUGAUGUUGAAGCCAAAUUCGCAGCUAGACUACUUCACGCAAGUCUAUUGGAGUGAGAAGGCUGAUGAUACGGGCAUCGCCAAGGGAACUAUUACAAAUGCGGAUACCGAUGUCUACAACAGGGCUGUCACAAUUCGAUCAACGGUUCCAGAGAAGUGGUCGAAAUGUAUUUCUGGCAGUGGUCCAGGAAUUUUGAACGUCAACUUCAGGCCAGUGAUCAAUGGGGACGCGGGGCGCUUCAGCUUCAAGAAUGCGACAUGGCAUCUCGACUGGAGGAAGUGUUAG